UAGUUUGUUGUUCAUUGUUUUCAAAUCUCAUUAGUUAUUAAAAUUGUGUAAUAGAAGUGUUUAAAUGUCAUUAAUAUUAUUCAAAUAAGGGUAAUGCUGAUAUGUUUUAUCUUAUUGAUGAACUUCGGCUUGAUUUAUAAAACCCAGGCUUACAGACACGGAAUAUUUUUGGAAGCUCAACCGUUGUGCAACAAUUUAACUUGUGAGGGAGAUCUUGAGCAUACAGCCUGUCGAGAUUUCUACCCCCAGUCGAACUGUUACAAUUUUGACUUUUUAGACAUUUCAAGAACAGAAAUUCGAACAAUGAUUUUAGGACACAACGGAAUAAGAAAUAAAAUAGCUAAAGACUGGGAUAUUGGAAAUAUGAAUAUUUUGCAUUGGAGCAGAGAUUUGGAGAAGUUGUCAAAAUAUUUUUUACUAUCCUGUGAAGAAACUAAAGAUGUUUGUAAUUUUUUAGUAUCAAAAGAUAUUACAAUUGGUCAAAAUAUCUUCUUUUCGGAAGCUUCUCCGGGCCCAAGAUGGGUAGGAAGAACUAUAAGGCAUUGGUAUUCAGAAUUAGGUUAUGACAUUAAGAGUUGGGAACAAUUCAGCGAUGCCCAAAAACGGAAUGGUUCUCAGUUUACUCAUUUUACCCAGAUGAUAUGGCCAAACACAGAAUUCGUUGGCUGUGCAGCAGCUAAAAUGUCUGGUGGAUAUAUGACGACAUGUUACUAUCACCCUGCAGUUUCUGAAAAUAUCCAUGAUUUUUCUUUCGACAACAAAGGAUGUACUAAAUGUUCUCAAGAGCGUCAUACUUGUUCACGUGAUUUUAACAAUCUAUGUGGAUUAGACGUUCAAUACAGUCCUGGAAAUAGUUUUGACAAGUCGAAAUGGAUAUUACUUGUGAAUUUUUUAAAUAUUUUCAUAUGGAUUAUUUAGUUUUGAUGUAAUAUAUUAAAUAAAAAACAUAGACAUAAAAAUAAACUUAAUAGUUUUCAACUU